AGUUACUAAAGUAUACGCGGUAUUCUAGGUGACUGCAGUUAAACGCAAAGGACUUACAGGGGAAAUUUGAGUACAAGUUUAACCCACUCACAUGGCGCAAACCGCGGAUUGGCUCGGCCAGCUUCCACCUGAAAUUAGAGCAAACGCUUUCAAACGCAGUGACCUUUAUGGCACCUAUGCAAACAACCCGAAGUCCUUUGCUACGCAGCUGCGGCUGAUAGUGCUGAGCCUGACGCUUGUGCCCUUAAAGCUUUUCGCUUGCAUAGGUUGUGUCCUAUCAUACUACCUGCUCAUAUUACUGGGCAACGCAACGUUGUCAGAACCCUUCAAGACCAAGUACAUGGUGUUCUGGGGCCGGUUCUGGACGCGUGCAGUUCUCUACUGCCUUGGAUUUUGGACCAUUAAAUGGGUCUACGUCAGCCCAGAAGGCACCGUCAGCAGCAAGGCUCCGCUUGGGUUCAAGGAAAGGCGGUUUGGAGGCUACGUUUCCAACCACUGCAGCUGGGUGGACAUCGUGCUGUACAUGUCGCGGCUGUUCCCCAGCUUCGUGGCCAAGAAGGAGGUGUCCGCGCUGCCGCUCGUCGGCCCCAUCAGCAAGGCCAUGCAGUGCCUGUUCGUGGACCGAGAGGCGCGGCUGGCGUCCGACAAGCUGGGCGACGGGGGCGGACAGGGCAUGUCCCAGCUGGUUAAAGACCGCAUGCAACGCAAGCACGAGGGCGGGUCCGAGGAGCUGCCCAUGUUGCUGUUCCCCGAAGGCACCACAACCAACAACCGCUUCAUGCUGCCCUUCAAACGAGGGGCAUUCGUAGCGGGCGUGCCCGUACAACCGCUCGUACUAAAGUACGACACGUCGGGCCGCUUUUCGCCCACGUGGGACAGCAUGCCGGGCCACAAGCACAUCUUCCUGACCAUGACGGAGUUCAGCUACCGCGUCACGUGCUACGUGUUGCCGCUGUACACGCCGUCUGAGGAGGAGAAGGCGGAUCCCGCGCUGUACGCCGAGAAUGUACGGCAGAUGAUGGGCAAGUACGGCAAGAUCGCCACCUGCGAGGACACCUUUGCGGACAAGCUGGCGUUCUUCAAGUACGUGACGGACCGCAUGGCGCACGAGAAGGGCUGCUGCACGGAUCCCGCCGCCUGCAAGAGCGGCAAGGCGCAUGGCAUCCGCGCGGGUGUGCAGCACCGGGUGCAAGUGGAGGCACGUGCGGAGACGGAGGGUGAGGGGUUACGGCACCGGGGGGAUUAGGGGGCUGGGCAGCUGCGAUGGCGGUCGUGUAUGGGUUGUAGCCGAUGUGGGUUGUAUCUGUGAGUUAUUCUGGAUGUGGACUUCGAUCUGGCAUGAAGGCCGUUUGUACAUGUUACCAAGAUGGAACGUUUGAGAGUAUGGGUAUGGGCCUGCUGCAGUGGGUGGCAGGGCUGUGCGUCUGGUGAUUGCACGACUGCGGUUUAGAUGGAUGGGCGAUGUGAGCCGGGAAAGUGUGUCUUGAUGUCUUGACUGAGCCGCGACUGGGUUCUUUUGUUAAGCGACCGUAUGUGAGGGCAACUGAAACAAUGUGCACGCCAGCAUGAGCAUGCCGGGUGGAUGCGCCGUGCAUGAGCUGCAGCGCGAGCAGUGUUGCGAUUACGAGUGGUAGGACGUAGCUGCCGGAGCCUUUCCGCCCAAGGACAAGCGACAUGUGGGGACGCAUGAGACUUAUACUGGGGAGCAGGGGGGGCCGUAUUGGGUAAGGGUUACUAUGUCGGUACGCGCCGGGUAGUGCUUGUGUGGCCAUUAGUGUAUGUGUUAGGUAUAUGUCUGAAGCGUGAAGCCCCUUGGGUAUUGGACAGAGUCCUUGGAUCGGGGUUGGAUAAGUGCAAGAUGAUAUUUUCGACACUUGCAUGGUGCCUAUUAUUUCACUACAGCGUCCUGAGCAGGAGUAUUGGCGUUCGGCGAAGCAGGGGCGCGCAUAUUGAGGGCACGCAUGCUUUCCCAUGUACGCAGCGCGCGUGGAAAGGGUUGCAAGACGAGUGCACGCCUUUUCGUGCGCAGAUUAUCGUAGGUGUUGGCUCCGGUGCUUGGUUUUGUAUGCAUUCACCAUCAUAGUACAUUUUGCAAUCGGGGCUUGUGGGCUUGCUUUCGGCGUUUCUUUCCUUUCCGAGAACGCCAGCGUACUGGUGGUUUGAGCCCCGGUUUACCCUUUGCAGUGUGGUCCUGCUGUCAUUGAGCUCAGGGGAGCGCAAACCCAAGAGACUGGCACUCCUAGCGAGGGAAAUGUUGAACCAUGGCAGCGGGUGUGGUAAGCCGUGCUCGGCGCUUUGCUAGGAUUUGUCAACGGCAAUGAAGUCUGAGUAGGGUUGCCAACCCUUGCCAUGUGAAACCGACGUGACCACGUAUAAUUUGCAAGGGUAGGCAUAUUUUACAUGAUAGGAGAACUGUAACAUGCAGGCAGGCA